GCUAAGCUAUGGCUGGCGCCGACGCACCACUCCUCCUCCUCCUCUUUGCUCCACUGCGCGACAAAGCGCCAUUAGCUUAGCUACAUUCGUGGCGUGGCGCUUUGUCUCGAGGUAUAUAAAUCGCUGCAGGGAAGACGAGCUCGCUCGUUGUUUGUUUAAUUCCUACAUUUCCUCUCUCUCUCUCUCCCUUCUGUCCAGGGAUUCCAAUCGAUCUUCUGGCAAGAAAUACUUGAAUUCUAUCGAUUUCUCCUGCCACGGAUAUGCCGAUCGUCGCAAAGCUCGCGCUCCUGCUGCUACUGGCGAUCGCGGCCAGCGCCGGCGCCGCCCCCUCGAUCGAUCGCCGCGCAGCUCGCCAGCUCCAGGAGCUCGUCCCGACCGCGCCGCUCGUCCUCGAUUACCACGGCGGGCGAUUGCUCACCGGCCGCGGCUGCCUCAUGGUCUUCCUCGUCUGGUACGGCGAUUUCACGCCUGCCCAGCAAUCCAUCAUCGUCGACUUCCUCCACUCCUUCAACGCAUCCAACACGGCCUCGCCGUCCACGUACGGAUUCUGGAAAAUAAUCUCCACCUACACGGACGCCGCAUCCGACCGCGUCAAAUCCUCGGUGCGCCUGGGCGGUCAGAUCUCGGUGGGCAUUCCGCUGGGGAAGAGCCUCCACCGCAGCGACAUUCCGCGCGUAAUCGCCACCGCGCUGGCCAGUGCCAAGCUGCCAGCUCACCAGAAAUCCCUCUACGUCCUCCUCACCGCCGCCGACGUGGCGGUAGAGCGCUUCUGCAUGGACAGCUGCGCCACCCACUCCUACCUGAACGGCUCAUUGGCCACGCGAGGACCCCGGCUUCCGUACGCCUGGGUGGGCAAUUCGGCCACCCAGUGCCCGGGGAUGUGCGCCUGGCCAUUCGCGCUACCCCAGUACGGACCCCGAGAUAGCCAGCCACUCGUCCCGCCAAAUGCUGACGUGGGCAUGGACGGCAUGGUGAUCAACCUGGCGCUCAUGCUGGCCGGCGCCGCCACCAAUCCAUUCGGCGAUGGUUACUACCAGGGUGACGCUAGCGUCCCGUUAGAGUCCGGUACGGCGUGUACGGGAAUCUUCGGUACGGGGUCGUACCCCGGGUAUCCUGGAGAGUUGCUCGUCGAUAAAACCAGCGGGAGUAGCUACAAUGCGCAAGGUUUGGAUGGCAGGAAGUUUUUGCUGCCGGCUGUGUGGAGCCCCGGGCUCAAGCAGUGCUCCACGGGAUUCUAAGAUAUAUAGAGUUUCGCCAAAGUAACGAAAAAAAAGUUAGAUACAGGAUAGGUGGGUUUGAAGGAAUGAGAAAAAACUUGUGAAUCUUUGAAGGUUGUGACAUACCCCAUUUGGUUU